UGACGUCAUAGCAGGUCCAGAUGUUCGAAGGACAAAGUGUCACAUAUAAGCAGCUUCCCACUGGAGUGCGUCAGUAGUUACAAACUAACAACUCCUCUCAACAUGUACGCUUUGGUGUUGUUCUCUAUGUUGGUGGCUGUCGCCGUCGCCGCACCCGGCUACGUAGCCCCAGUGGUCCCUGUGGCACACAGCUCCGUCUCCGUAGUCAAGACUUCCGUGGUCCACCCUGCACCUCUAGUACACGCCCCUGUGGUGCCUGUGGUCAAGGCUGCCCCCGUGGUGCCCGUGGUACACCAUGCCCCUGUGGUUCAUCAUGCCCGUCUAGUACACGCCCCUGUGGUCCCCGUCGUCAGGACUGUUCCUGUAGUUCACCACGCCCCCGUAGUCCACCACGCCCCAGUCGUCCAUGCCGCCCCCGUUCUAGUCCACUAACCUGAUCACAGUCAAUAAAGUUUUUAUUUUUUUAA